AGCGAGGAGGGAGAGAGGGAGGGGUGAGAUGCAGAGCGGGCAGCCGCGGCCUCGGCAGCAGCGGGAGCCGGAGCGGCGGGCGGCGCUGGGCGGGCAGGCCGGGCGCGGCGGCCCCGCCAUGGAGAUCGAGAAGGAGUUUCACCGGCUCGACCAGGCCGCCAGCUGGGCCGCCAUCUACCAGGAUAUCAGGCAUGAAGCCAGUGAUUUUCCAUGUAAAGUGGCCAAACAUCCCAGAAACAAAAAUAGAAAUAGGUACCGAGAUGUCAGCCCCUUUGAUCACAGUCGAAUUAAGCUAAACCAAGGUGACAAUGACUAUAUCAAUGCUAGUUUGAUAAAAAUGGAAGAGGCCCAAAGGAGCUACAUCCUUACCCAGGGACCUUUGCCAAAUACUUGUGGUCACUUUUGGGAGAUGGUUUGGGAACAGAAAAGCCGUGGUGUUGUCAUGUUGAACAGAGUGAUGGAAAAGGGAUCCGUAAAGUGUGCGCAGUACUGGCCACGGAAGGAGGAGAAAGAAAUGUUUUUUGAAGAUACAAACUUGAAACUAACAUUGAUAUCUGAAGAUAUAAAAUCUUACUACACAGUACGACAGCUAGAGUUGGAAAACCUUACAACGCAGGAAACGAGAGAGAUUCUGCACUUUCAUUAUACCACGUGGCCUGACUUUGGCGUCCCGGAGUCACCUGCUUCGUUCCUCAAUUUCCUGUUCAAAGUGAGAGAGUCUGGCUCACUUAACCCGGAGCACGGACCUGUUGUGGUGCACUGCAGCGCAGGAAUCGGGAGAUCAGGAACGUUUUGUUUGGUUGAUACGUGUCUCCUACUGAUGGACAAACGGAAAGAUCCUUCUUCUGUGGACGUUAAACAGGUUCUCCUAGAAAUGAGGAAGUACAGAAUGGGGCUCAUACAGACGGCAGAUCAGCUCCGUUUCUCCUACUUGGCUGUUAUUGAAGGGGCAAAAUUCAUUAUGGGAGAUGCUUCGGUGCAAGAGCAGUGGAAAGAGCUCUCCAAUGAAGACCUGGACCCUCCACCUGAACACACCCCCCCACCUCCCAGGCCACCAAAGCGAACCUCGGAAAUGCACAAUGGGAGGAUGCACGAACACACGGAAUUCUUUCCUAAACACCAAGUAGUAGAGGAAGAGAUCAGGUGUUCGGCCAGCACUGUGGAAGAGACAGUUCCAGAUGGCAGAGCUCAUUCGUCCGCACCUCUGCCCACAGACAGCAGUAGUCAAGACACUGAAACUCGGAGGAGAACUGUUGGUGAAAACCUGCAUCUCUCGCCCCACAAAGAAGAGUCGAUGAAGUCAGAAAACUCAGAAGAGGAUGACGAGAACAUGAUGACAACUUGGAAGCCAUUUCUAGUGAAUAUAUGCAUGUUCACUUUCCUCACGGCAGGAGCUUAUCUCUGUUACAGGGUGUGUUUUCAUUGAUGGACGUGCCAGCAAGAUCGAGCCUGCAGAAAACACCAACGAUUUGAUCGGUUUGUAAUAAGCUUCUCUGAAAGAAAGCUAACGGAGGCACGUGAGCCUUGUCUCAGUGGAGGUAGACCUUAGGUUGAAAGGCUGGAACUUUGGUUAGGGCUUAAAGAGAGAAUUGAUGCACUAGGGUUUAUCCAGCCCUGUGGUCCCAAGAACAUAAUAUUCUAAUCUCAGGGCCUUAAAAUAUUCAGGAGUAAGCAGAGAAAAUGCCAAAUAGUCUGUUUUCCUUCUUUUUCUUUUUUUUUUUUUAAACUAAAUAAUAGAAUUACAACACAUUGUUGUUUUUAGCCUUUUUUAAAAAGCCAGUUCUUUUUCUUCUGUGUUUCAGAAUAACUAGGCACAAGUGAAACUCACUUGUACUCUCCAAGUGUUGUAACCAAAUACAUGACUUAUUGAUGAGUUCCCAAAAAAAAAAAAGAAAAAGAAACCCACAUACCUGACGAAUGUAAACUUUGGAAGGGAGGGCGCUGGGGAGAGGUGUUUGUGGUUGGCUUUUUGGGUUUUGGGUUUGGAUUUAUUUUUUUUUUUUAAACUCACUUCAUCAUUAAAGACUGAGUUGUGGGCAGUGCCUGUGGUAUUGAUAUAUUUAAUCUUGGCAUAGCUGUUCUUAAAGAGCUUAUUGUUUUACAUGUGUCUAUAGAAACAGGCUUCUGCAUUUGCUCAGGGUAUCCCAACAUGUCAAGUUCUUUUUUUUUUGUUGUUUUCCUUUUUUUUAAAUAAGUGUAUCUCCUCGUUGACUUUUGUUGCACUCUACUUGCACAUAUGCCUAUUUACAUUGCACCAUCCUUUGUAAAGCCGUUUUUACUUUUCUAUUCUGGGUCAGGAGAGGUGGAGGGGAGGGAGAGAAACAGGAAGGGAAAUUCACCCCAAACGUGUCCACCAGCAUUUUGCAGCCGUGCAGCUGGCAUUCGGAAGGACCAGUUCCGAAACCUCAUCAUUUGGAACGUAAAAUGCAGUUUCACUCUACACCUGCUCCACCAGGACGAGCUUCCUGCGAGGGCCAGCGAGGCGUCGCGCUCGGGGCACCGCAGGCAGAGCGCGGGAAAGCGUUUCGGUAAAUCCAGAGCAAUUAUUGCUGCGGCAGCUUCCUUAGGACAUACAGAGCUCAACAGAAGACGUGUUGGUCUGUGAACGUACCAGUUGGCUUAUGAUGCAAGCGUUUGUGUGUUCUGCUUUUUUUAAAGCAAAGAUUUAAAAUACUGGCUUUAGCUUGGCUUGAAGAUACGCUCUUCAGUAUUUACCGGACGUGGUGGUGUGAGAGGGCGAGCCUGGCACCUCUGCGGGCAGGCUUGUCGCUCUCCGGGCGUCAGCCACGGGAGGUGGUGGUUCUGUCCUGCCGCGCUGCGUCCGCGCCGUCCGCCCGGGGGCCGUGCCCGGGGCUGGAACGGUGAAAAGUGCUUGUAAAUAAGGAUUUGGGCACGCUGGUAGAACUGGGACUGAAGCGGGCGUUGGCACCGGACAGGCUCUGGCGACGCCGUUCCUCGUUAGCACCAAAUCAUUGAUAGUUCAGACAACGACAGCGAAGACUUCUCUGCUCGUGCCAUGGGGCAGGGGAUAGGAGUAAACUCCCUGCUGCGAGUUGUAGCGAUGGAACUAACCCGUGACAGCUGAUGUGCAAGUCUUACUAAUCGGUUCUUUUUGUUUUAAAGCCUUCCUAGCUUUAUAGCACUUCACCACCAUUCUCAGUGCAGGCAUCGCUGUGGAGGAUCUCGUGUAAGCCUCUCUCCACUCCAUAUUUAUUUUUGCAAGGCUGGCUGUGGGUCUGGCUCUUUUCCUUCAGUGAUACGUUGGUGAACGGGGCGGGGGUGGGAGUCGCUUCUGGUUCGUGUUUCGUUAAGCUUGCGUCAAGGGCUUUUUCAAAAGUACAAUAAUAAAUCCUCAGGUAGUACUGGGAAUCGAUUCUUCACCUGUGAGACUGUUGGUCAGACCAGUACUUGAAAGGAGGAAUGUUGUAGUCGGUCAAUAUUUAGUUAUAUUAUCGGAAACAUGAAAAAUGAGUAUAGAAAAAUGGUAAUAUAUAAUGGCUCAUCUGUGUAUUUAAGAUACGGUAUGUGAUUGCUUUGUCCCCGCUACUCUCUCCAUCGUCUGGUAGGAUAUUGUUCCAAGGCAACGUUUGUACCCCCUUUGUAUUAAAAUGCAUGUAAAGUCUUCUAGUGUCCUGAUUAAAUACCAUGUGCUUGAAAGGUGAAAGAACUUAUAUUUCUGCUUCCUGACGUGCCCAAAUUAUAUUUGCAUGAACUGAUCAUUAAGUGGCUGUGGUUCAAAGGGUGUUGCUGAAGGUACCCUCGUUCAGCGAUGGACCGAUGUGGUGUUUAUCGGAUAACAUGUACUUGCCUAAUCCUUGGCAUGACUUCCUAUCGCCUUUCUGCGUACCCCGGUUGUUUAGCAUGGUUCAUUUCAGCCGAGUAAGUGUAGUACAGACAUUCCAGAGAGUUCCGUAAGCCAUAUUCACACCUCGCCUCCGGCCACUCGAGGCGAGCCACAGCUCAGUGAUUUCGCAGGGUGACUUGCUGUGCUGCCUCCACGCUGCACCGGGGCGGGGGGCAAGGCCGUGCUGGCCGGACCCCCGUGGCACGCUUCGGCCUGAAGCAAUACAGGCUCCUGAGGGCGCCCCCGUUAAAAACCGAGAAGCAAAAAAUACCUCUAUGCUGUUCCCAAGAGGGAAUAUUUUAAAUUUUAGGCUUGACAGGAGAGCAAAGCAUCCUUCGUUUGAACCCAGAAUAAUUCCCUUGCAAAUCAAGAGAAUUAUUAAUUCUCCUCCUUCUGGAGAUGAAAUUCUGCAGCGCUGCAGAUGCCAAAGCUCUGAACGUCCCCUUUCUGCCCACGUGUUUCGCCAUUUCCUUGGCCUGUUCCAAGCCCAGAAGCGAGGCUGUCCUGGGACGGACAGUGGGGUAUCCCACGAGCCCAGGGAGGUGUGUAUAAGGCUUAUCAUACUGAACUGUAAACAUUUUUGCUUUGAUGUCCUGUAUCUGUAUGUAGUAGUUCGGGUGUGUAUAUACAGUAGCGUUUCAAAGUGGGUGUAUUGGUUAACCUAUUCUUGGAAAAUGGACGAGUAUCCAUGUUAAACUUGUUAGAAAGUUAGUGAGCUGCUCUGCUAUAUGCCUUAAGCAAAUAUUUACUCAUCAGGUCUUUCUUUUUUACAGAUUGCCAUAGAAUAAACUUUUUUAAAAAAAAAAAGAUUAAAAAAAAGAAACCAAAAAAGCUAAAUGUUUUGGUAUAAUACAUUUUCAGGUAUCUUGUCUUUUGUGUAAGCCGCUGCAACGACCUCACAGGUUAUAGUGAAAUUGUACAGUUUUUCAAUUUCCCAUACAAGUUUUCAGUUCUCAUUUCAGUUGAAACAAUAAAAUCCUUUUUUUAAAGAA